AUGCUGAGUGAACUCCAUCAGGCCUUAAUAGUCAUUAAUCUAUUGCAUGUUUUCUUCUUCUGUAAGGAUAGGUCCAAUGGGGAAAACCACACAGUUGUGACCCGCUUCAUUCUUCUUGGCAUCCCACACACAGAUGGCCUCCAGACCAUCCUCUUCCCUGUCUUCUUACUCUUCUACAUCUGCACUUUAUUCGGGAACCUAUUGAUCAUGGUCACCAUCCUUACUGAACCUCACCUUCACACUCCCAUGUACUUUUUCCUUUUCAACCUCUCCAUCCUCGACAUUGGUUUCUCUUCUGUCAGCACUCCAAAGAUGUUGGCCAACCUUUGGGGUCAAAGCAGUAGAAUUUCUUGGGGUGGAUGUGCAUCCCAAGUCUUCUUCUAUCAUUUCAUAGGAGACACUGAAUGCCUCCUCUACACAGUCAUGGCUUAUGAUCGAUAUCUUGCCAUCUGCCACCCACUGCGGUAUCUCAUCAUCAUGAACCGGAAGGUAUGUGCCAUCUUGGCUGCUGGUACAUGGGUCACCAGCUCCUUCCAUGCCACCAUCCUCACCACCUUGACCUUCACACUACCCUACUGUGGGUCCAAUGAGGUUGACUAUUUUUUCUGCGACAUCUUUCCUGUUGUCAAGUUGGCUUGUGCCAACACUAUCAUCAUUGAGACCAUCAGUUUCAUUAAUAUUGGAGUGGUGCCCAUGACAUGCUUCAUCCUUAUCCUGGCUUCCUAUGUUCACAUCAUCUAUUCAGUCCUGAAGAUGAGUUCUGGGGAAGGCCGACGGAAGGCUAUCUCCACCUGCGCCUCACAUUUAGCAGUGGUCACACUCUUUUUUGGACCCUGUGCUCUGAUCUACACUCAGCCAUCACUAAGUGAGAUCCUGGUGACUCCUGUCCAUAUCUUUAGCAAUGUGGUCACACCCAUGCUAAACCCAGUCAUCUAUACCCUUCGAAACAAGGAAGUGAAAACAGCUUUGAUCAAACUGACAGGGGGAAGAUAG